AUGUUACUAAAGUCGCUAUUGAUUAGUUCUUUGGUUACUCUUACUGCUAGUUCUCCAAUAAAUCCCAUUUACUUUCAAAAAAGGGAUUUGACGGUAGAGCCGGAAUGCUUGGGUGGAAAUUUUCAAGCGAGAUGCAAGCAAGAUAAGUAUCCUUGUGCCAAUGCGACUGUUUCAGAUGUCAAAUCGAUAGGUGAUAACAUUUAUAACAUUACGCUUAAUUUUGUUGCCCAGCAGUGCGCAGACCUUUCUAACUUGGGCGAAUUAAAAAUUAUUGGUCUUAAAUCUCCAAAUGGAGGCACUGAUGUUCUUUUUUCAAGAAAUUCAAACGUACUUACAGAUAUUAACCCAUGUCAAUGGUCUGCAACAUUUCCGAUUUAUGGAGAACAAAGCGGAACUUUAACCUGUACACCGUCAUUCCAGAUUCAAUAUGACUGGUUCUCGGGCACUGAUACUUCGACAAGUGAUAAGGCAACAUGGAAAUAUAAAUCUUCUUACGAUUAUUCGUUUACUUGCAGUGAAGAUAAUCAGGGAAACAUACAGGGAGAUUUUCCUGAAUACUGUUGGCCGGCCGGUUCAGAAAGCACGUCAUCUACUUCUACUUCCAGCAAAACAAAGUCAACCUCUACUUCUAAGACCACCUCUACUUCUAAGUCAACCUCUAAGUCUACAACAACAUCCAAAUCAACCUCAACAUCUUCAAGCAAAACAUCAACUUCGAGCAGUUCAACGAAGACAACUUCUAGUUCUUCUACAAAAUCCACCAAAUCUUCGAGUGUUCCUUCGACAUCAAGUACCUCGACAUCAAGUGUUCCAUCAACAUCAAGUACUUCCACUGAGACUUCUACCUCGACAUCAAGUGUUCCUUCAACAUCAAGUACCUCGACUGAGACUUCUACCUCGACAUCAAGUGUUCCUUCAACAUCAAGUACUUCCACUGAGACUUCUACCUCGACAUCAAGUACCUCGACUGAGACUUCUACCUCGACAUCAAGUGUCCCUUCAACAUCAAGUACUUCCACUGAGACUUCUACCUCGACAUCAAGUGUUCCUUCAACAUCAAGUCCUUCCACUGAGACUUCUACCUCGACAUCAAGUACCUCGACUGAGACUUCUACCUCGACAUCAAGUGUUCCUUCAACAUCAAGUACCUCGACUGAGACUUCUACCUCGACAUCAAGUGUUCCUUCAACAUCAAGUACUUCAACUGAAGCUUCGAGUGUUCUCUCAACAUCAAGUACCUCGACUGAGACUUCUACAUCGACAUCAAGUGUUCCUUCAACAUCAAGUACCUCAACUGAAGCUUCGAGUGUUCCCUCAACAUCAAGUACUUCAACUGAAGCUUCGAGUGUUCCUUCAACAUCAGGUACCUCGACUGAGACUUCUACCUCAACAUCAAGUACCUCAACUGAGACAUCUUCUUUGGCGGAGUCUUCUACUGGUUCAAUUGUUCAUUCAACAUCAAGUGAAGUUCCAUCUACCAUAUCUGGAAGUGAAACUACAGAGAGUCCAUACACAAUCAUUGGAACCUUGUCGGCUCUUUUCAGUUCAAGUGGAAACGAAUCCACUUCAUUCUCAACCGAAACUUUGCCAAUUUCGACAACGGGAGUUGAGACACCAUCCAAAUCUGGUGAAACAUCGCCGAUUGAAUCAGGUUCGGGUGAGAGUGGAUCAAUAUCAACUUCCAGUAGAGGUGUUGCAGCGAUAUUCCGCACGGCCCAAUUAGAAGAAACAACCACAUUUUUCACCACAGUUACAGUUCCUUGCUCUACCUUGAUUACAACCACAACAUGUACUGUAAACAAAUGUACUGCUUUUGAGACAAUUGUGCCAACUAGUACGAUCGUCACAUUGGAAACAACAUCCGUUUUAGGAUCUUCACCAGCUGCAGAAACUUCAGUUUCCGGUGCCGGAUAUAGAUCUAUUGAAACGGGUACGUCUAAGACAACAUUCACACAUACCUCAACGGUGACAUCAUAUUCUGUCACUAGCUCCUCUGGAGAGACAUUUACGCCAGUUGUGACGACUAAUACAUUUUCCUCAAGUGUUGAGACUUCAUCAAAUGGAAUAGAAGCCACAAGCCCUCCUUCGACCGUUGGAACGUCCAUUCAACCGGAAACAAUUUCAACAUCUGCUACCGUUGCUCCCGAAAGUGUUAUUCCAUCAGCUUCUGAAUUUGUCGGAGCUGGUGCAAUGUACACACCAGAUACAAUUACUGUCUUCGUAAUUGGAUUGCUUACGUUAAUAGUUUAA